AUGUCUACUGGUGAUGCUCAUACACAAGAUCAACUUCCUAUUAAUUAUAAUCUUGAUGAUUCAUCGUCAUCUAACCUAAUAUUUAAUCGAUCAACUAUUUCAAAAGCCUCACCUCAACCGAUUAGUACAGAUUUUAAUCAGGUUUGGGUGUGAAUGUGCCUAAAGCAAAGACUCACACCCACACCCGGAUCCUAAACUGUUCUCAUAUGACAUCUAUAUGUCAUAUUCUAUGUUUACAAUAAAUGUAGAGAUGUAAGCCGAGCGGCUGAGCCGCUGCAGCCGAAAGCCAAAAAAAAAGUUAAACAUUUUCAGCCGCCGUCACUGACAGAGAACAAAUGUACUAAAAAUCACCCCGCCGCCAAUCAAUGUAUCCGCUAUACCUCUAAAUAUCGUGUCUCCUUGAUUGCGGGCGAUUUUUCUUAAUUGGAGAAAAAAU